UAACCCGAACGGCCGAACCUUCGAGAACCUCUUCCGCUCGAUCACCGCAGACCUCUCUUCUCUCUUUUAACCCGAACGGCCGAACCUUCGAGAACCUCCUCCGCUCGAUCGGCAAAACCCUAGGCAUGGCGGCCGACGGCGGACUUUUCCGGCUGAGAUUCCGGCUCGCUGGAUUCGACACGGAAAAGGAAGAUGAGUAUCGAGAGCUUAUAAGAAAAGAAGGUGGAUUAAUCGAUAUGAAAUAUCAAUGGAAGGGAAUGUACCUAAUCACCUCAAAUGAUACAAUCCGAUAUGCCGAUCAAAUUUGUGUGGAGGCACGCAACAAUGGAGCUAUUGUCCUAAACGAGUAUUGGCUGCAGGAUACUUUAGCUUCAAGAGCUAUGGCGGAUACAAAGAAGGUUCUUUACCGUCCGCCGUUGUCCUUGGAUGGUGUCAAAGGAGCUGGACGUCUAUUAAUUGCUCAAUCCGGUUUCUUGCCCAAAGAAUCAGCUGAGAUUGAGAAACUUAUUGACUUGAUUGGAGCGACUGGGGCAAAAAAGGAUGAAGUGAGCGACAGUUCUUAUCUGAUUUGUAGUGAACCUGAUGGCGAAGACUACCAAAUGGCAACAGCUAAAGAUAUUUUUACUGUCAAUAAAAGAUGGAUAGAAGAUUGCGUGAUCAAUUGGGAUAUUGUCUCAGUUGAUAGUUAUAUUUCAUGGCCCCGGGACGAACAUACUGCAAAGUCACAAACUUCAGGGAGCCAAAAAACACCUUCCAACAAGAAUAUGAACAUGGGCAGGUCAACUUGUUUCACAGAAAGAAAGAUUAAGACCGAACCAAGAGGAAGUCGGAAAAGAUCCAUGGAACUCAAUGAUACAUAUAAAAGGCAAACAGUGUCGACAGGCCCAUCUUGCAGACGGAGUCUUGCUUUCAACCGGAAGUCUCUCUGUGACUACAAAAGAAGUGAUCUUGCUGUCAAAGUUCAGAUACCAAGAAGCCGCCAUGCGAUUCUUGUGGGCACUGAUGACAUCAAAAGAUUCUUGUGCAGCUCCUAUGAAUCGCUAAUCAACAUUCAUAGUGAAGGAGACUGUAUAAAAAACCAAUUUAACUCAAAGUUCUUUCACAUGUACCUGGGUUCAGACCAGGUUAAAAUUGAACCUGUUCAGCUGGUCCCUUUUACUGAAGAACUAGCCGCAUGCAACAAAAGAGAAUUUAUCCUGAUGGUCAAGGAGCUUUACACGGGUAAUGGCUACCAAGUGCCAGAUGAUAUUUCAGGCUGGCUUUCAUCAAUUGCUGCUAGGGUACCAGAUAGGGUACUGACAGGCCAUGUGAAUAUGAUGGGGUCCCAUGAAAUCUUUGGGGCUUUUGUGUCGAUGUACUGUGUGAUACUGAGGCUCAAGAAGAAUGACUUGAUCCGUUACAACAAAGUUGUCAAAGAGUUGGGAGUCUAUAUGAACUGGAAUAAGCGACCAAUUCGUUGGAUAGUUCUCCUUGAUUGUCUGAACUACGUACACCCCACCCAGCUUGAGGUGUAUAGACUGAAGUGCCAACAGAACAGGGAACAAGCUGUCUUUCAGCCCAAACCAAAGCAGAGGGACCUAAAUGUGUUUGGAUUGCUUGAGCUGAUAAGGGAUUGCUUCUUCCACCCGGCACUCGAUUAUCAGGAAAUGCUGCUUCCAAUUCUUCUCACGGAGGAGUAUCCCAAUCUUCUAGCAGAGGUACAAGUGGUGCUAUCUGCACUGGGACAUCUGAAGUGAUCCACGAAACUUUGAAGGACAUUUGUGAUGCAAGUUUGAAGAAUCCAGAGCUCAGUCUGAUCAGAUGGCUGGAAGAGAAGAAACUGUGAUUAACGAAUCGAAGCUCAAUGUAAAAAACAACACAUACAGCUUGUAGAGAACAGUCGACCUCUACGAUGAUAACUACCUUCACUAGACAGUAGAGACCAUACUCUCAUUGGUUAGUUAGGGAAAAGAAGGAAAUUUCUGCCUUGCGUUUGCAUCUAGGAAUAUUGUGAGAGGAUUUGUUUGAAUUUUGAAAUAUUGUGUACUGUUGUACUACAUAGACAAAUGAUUCUCUAGGAAUGAAUAAA